AGAGAGAGACGGAGGAGGGAGAGAAAGAAAGAGCGAGGCAGAGGCGCAGAAGAGGGAUGGAAGCGGGUGGCAGAGAGGAUCCCGCGGGCAGGCCUGGGCGCUGAAGUUUUGCUCGGGCUGGCGGGGGAAGAUAGAUGGGGGUGGGGGAAGAGCAGGAGCCCGGAUCCUGACGGGGAAAGUUUUUAACUCCUUGGCUGCUCGAUCGCCAUCCUUUGGCUCUUCGCCUCUCCUUAGCAAGAGGAGAUUCUAGGGGACACCCCCCCCCCUUAGUACCCACAGAUCUUUAGGGGAGGAAACCUGGGAAGAAAGCAGAAAGGUUUCUGGGCAGCUCAGGAAGGGGGACGUUGGAACGGUGGGGGGGGGUUUCGCCUCCCACCAUGGUGCUCGUCUGGAACAACUUGCUGGGCUCCCGGCAGCCGGCCCACCACUGCUGACCCCCAUUUUUGGGGUGCGCAAAAGGGAGGCAGAGAGACGGGUGAGGUAAGGUGGAGGGGAGAGCCUGUUGAUGUUCCAUCCCGCUGGGGCGCCCCCAGGCAUGAGCGAUGGGGGGAGCGAGGCUGGCAGGCGCGCCCUCCUCCUGGGGGAUCCCAGCGGCCUCCCGGAGCGAACCCGCGAGAAGGAGACCCGCGUGGUUCUGGAGAGCGCCAAGCUGCGAGGAGGGACUGCGGCUGGAACAGGAGGACUCAAGGAGCUGGCCGCCGCCGCCGCUUCGGCUUCGAGCCCCGGCUCCUCCAAGGAGUGCGCCUCGGAGACAGACAGCCAGUCGGCGGGCGGCGACGCGGAUUACUGCCGCCGGAUUCUGGUGCGAGAUGCCAAAGGGACCAUCCGGGAGAUUGUCCUUCCCAAAGGUCUGGACCUGGAUCGACCCAAGAGGACCCGGACCUCCUUCACGGCCGAGCAGCUCUACCGACUGGAGCUGGAGUUCCAACGCUGCCAGUAUGUCGUGGGCAGGGAAAGGACGGAGCUAGCCAGGCAGCUCAACCUCUCUGAGACCCAGGUCAAGGUCUGGUUCCAGAACCGCCGCACGAAGCAGAAAAAGGACCAGAGCCGGGACUCUGAGAAGCGCUCCACCUCCACCUCCGAGUCUUUUGCUACCUGCAACAUCCUGAGACUCUUGGAGCAAGGGAGACUUUUGUCUGUCCCGGCCCCUCCCGCUCUGCUCUCCCCCAGUUCCAACCCCAUUGGCUCUUCUUCCGGAAAUGGCUCCUCCAUGGGAACCUCAGGAAACACUUCGCCAGGGCUCAGCAGUGAAGGCAGCCCUCCCGGGACAGGGGCAUUCAGCUUGCAGGUCCCCUCGCUGGCCUCCUCAGCCUCCCCACGGCUCCCCACCACCCCACUCUGUUUCAGUGGCCCGCUGCUGGGCAGCCUGCAUGACUUACCAAGUGGCUAUGGACUGGGCACCUCCGCCUUUGAGCCUUACACACGGCUGGAGAGGAAAGACAAUGCGAUACCCAGCAAGAAGCCGAGCCCUUAAAUGAGAACCAUUGUCGUUGUCCUCCUCCUCGUCAUCAUCAUUGUUAAAAGAAACGGAGUGUCAAAGGAAAGCCCUGCUCCGCCAUCCUCCUCCCCCUCCUCCCCACCCUGCGACCUCUCAUCUCCCCCCCACACACACUGAAUUUUUCCCCCACGGGGGGGCUUCUGAUUUGCAAGUGGAGUUGCAAAGACUGUUUACCAAAUGUCAACGUGAUCAUGUGUGCCUGUGUGUGUGCACGUGUGUGAGAGUGUGUUCCUUUCACGGAAAUUAAAUGACAACUAC